ACUCACCUGUUUCUCUCUGCUUCUCUGACUCAGUCAUUUCUGCUCAGCUCAGCCUGUUUCCUGCAGGUCUUCACUCUACUCUUCAUCUUUUUAUCACUUUGCAUCCAUCCCUCGCCAACAUGAGUCUGAGUCGUACAAAGAGAAUCAGCUCCAGCAGCUCAGUGCGGAGCAGCAGCACGUCCAGGAGGCUGAGCGGCUACGGUCCAGGUCAGGGGGCCUUCACCGGGGUCUCCCUGAGCAGCAGCUCUCUGUACGCGGGUGCCAACGGGCAUCACCACGGCCUCGGGGCCCCCCUGGCGUCCCUGUCGGUCAACAAGAGCCUGUUGGCCCCCCUCAACCUGGAGAUCGACCCCAACCUGUCGAUGAGCCGAGCCCACGAGAAGGAGCAGAUCAAGAGCCUCAACAACCGCUUCGCAAGCUUCAUCGACAAGGUGCGUUUCCUGGAGCAGCAGAACAAGAUGCUGGAGACGAAGCUGGAGCUGCUGCAGGGUCAGGGGGUGGGCCGCUCCAACGUGGAGCCCCUGUUCGAGGCCUACAUGGCGGGACUGAGGCGCCAAAUGGACCUGGUCAACAACGACAAGACCAAACUGGACGGGGAGCUGAGGAACAUGCAGGGCCUGGUGGAGGACUACAAACACAAGUACGAGGACGAGAUUAACAAGAGGAACAACCUGGAGAACGACUUUGUUAUCCUGAAGAAGGACGUAGACUCGGCCUACCUGGUGAAGGCAGAUCUGGAGGACAAGGUGGGAGCUCUGACUGACGAAAUCAACUUCCUGCGCAACGUCUACGAUGAGGAGCUGCGUGAGCUGCAGGCCAGCAUCAAGGACACGUCGGUGGUGGUGCAGAUGGACAACAGCCGCAGCCUGAACAUGGAGCAGAUCGUGGCUGAGGUCAAAUCCCAGUAUGAGGACAUCGUAGCCCGCAGCCGAGAGGAGGCAGAGGCCUGGUACAAGAGCAAGUUCGACCAAAUGUCGGUUCAGGCCAGUCAGUUCGGAGACGAGCUCCGCGUUGUGAAGGGGGAGGUGGCCGAGGUCACCCGACUGAUCAGCCGGCUGCAGAGCGAGAUAGAGGCCGUCAAAGCUCAGCGUGGCAGUCUGGAGAACCAGCUGGCUGAGGCGGAGGAGCGUGGGGAGCUGGCUGUGAAAGAAGCCAAGGCCCGAACCAGAGACCUGGAGGACGCCCUGCAGAGAGCCAAGCAGGACAUGGCCAGACAGCUCCGAGAGUACCAGGACCUGAUGAACCUGAAACUGGCCCUGGACAUUGAGAUCGCCACCUACAGGAAGCUGCUGGAAGGAGAGGAGGACAGACUCGGACACCAGUCCAUCCUCAACAUUCAGGCCGUCUCCAACUACAGUACUAAAAGUAAUAACGGUUACCACAGUAACAGCAGCUCUCCUGCUCCAAAACUGCUGAUAAAGACGACUGAGACCAGAGAUAACAGCAGAUACAGCACACACUGAGCAACACACACACACACUGCACACACACACACACACUGAGCAACACACACACACACUGAGCAACACACACACACACUGAGCAACACACGCACACACUGAGCAACACACACACACACUGAGCAACACACACACACACACACAUAUCUCUAAAUGUGUGUGGUGCAUUUGAUUACUAACUUUUACUUAGAAUGAUUUUUAAAUGAAUUAUCGAAGCAUAAAACACAAACAUUCUAACAUCAUUUAUCAAUAUCUCAGUGUGUUGAUUGUAGUUUUUAGGGUUGAUGUUGAAUGAAUCAAACGCUGUAGUUGACUGCUGCAUUAUUGUCCAUGAUCAAUUAAUCUGUGGUGAGAAGAAUAUACAAAUAUUUUAGUCUUGUAGAUAUUUCCGGGAUAUAUUAUACAUGGUGUACUAGUGAUAUAGGGUGUGUCUGUGUUUUGUAUCCAACACAAAGUUGUUUUACACCAAAAAUCUUUUGUGGAAAUUUGCUUUUUGAGACUGAUGAGGGUAAACUUUUCAUCUUUGUUACAG